UGAUAAGCACAUCACUGGAGAACUGAAAGCUUGGGCGGCACGGCAAGGCGUUUAGUUGUCUGGAAAUCGGCACCGCGAACGGAUCGAAAUGGAGGUUCAAACAUACAAGUAUAUGUGGAUAAUUGCAUUGGUCCUCUGCAGCUGUGGAAUUCCAUUGGAGGUCGAAGCGGUCCAGACGAGAAUGCCCGUUUUGCCAAAGUACCUAAACUGCCGGAAUGAGAGCAUUGCGUUUAACUUUAACCUGACGCGACUGUCAGGUUACUGGUACGAGGCGGCUAGAGUGCCCAAUGUCCAGGUACUGGAAUGCCUGAAUGUCUCUGUGCCCGCUGAGAUCGAGGAGGGCAGUCUCUCGCUGGACUUGAACUUCAUCAGCACUGUGAACAAUAGGUGGCAGUUCACCGAGGAGUCCGUCGCGUUCCCCUGGGACGACUCCACCCAAUCCGGCAUCUUCAAGCUCCAGUACGAUACAAUCACAGUGACCUACAAGCUGAUGCUGACGGACUACGAAAACUUUGCCUUUCUCUGCGGAUACGGAAGCAUUUCGCCCGUUCCGCUGUUCAAGCUCUUCACCCGGAAUCGGGAGGUCGACCAGGCGGUGAUCGACAAGGCGGAGAAGUUCGCUGAGGAGAACGGCAUGGGCGGCCAGAUCGCGUGGGAGAAGCAAUCGCCGGGUGAAUGCAAUGGUUCCGGCGGACUAGCUUCUAUGGAAACUCUAGUGGCUACCAUGGCAGUGCUCUGGGGCUUAAGCUUGCGAAGCUAAAUUUUUGCUUCGAAAUUACUAUUUGCAAAGUGAAUAUUUCAUUUUUCGCUACCACUAUCAGAACAACUUCCUAUCAAUGUUUUCAUUUUGUUUGCA